GGCUAUGAGGCCGUAGGGCCCGCGGACCGGAGCAGCCUUCCGCCGCCAGCAUGUUCGGCCGCUCCCGCAGCUGGGUGGGCGGCGGGCACGGGAAGGCCGCCCGCAGCAUCCACUCCUUGGACCACCUCAAUAAUGCCACAGAGUCUUCGGUGGAAUAGAGUGCGAGGCGUGAUAAAUACAAGAAAUACUACAUUCCUCGUGAGGGAGAACUUUGUUUCCUGGUGGUGGCUGAGGCGGGGAGGCGAGGGGCUGGUGCCUGUGUGUGAGCAGUGCAGCUCCAGGGUGUGUGGGGAUGUCGGUAGCCAGCGGUACAUGUAUCAUAUUUUGACUAAAAAUACAACAGUAACAGAUCACAACCGCAACCUGCUGGUGGAGACCAUUCGUUCCAUAACAGAGAUCCUGAUCUGGGGGGAUCAGAAUGACAGCUCAGUGUUUGACUUUUUCUUGGAGAAGAAUAUGUUUGUGUUCUUCCUGAACAUCCUGCGUCAGAAGUCUGGUCGUUAUGUGUGUGUGCAGCUGCUGCAGACUCUGAACAUCCUUUUUGAGAACAUCAGCCAUGAAACAUCCCUGUACUACCUGCUCUCUAAUAACUAUGUGAAUUCUAUUAUUGUCCACAAAUUCGACUUUUCUGAUGAGGAGAUCAUGGCAUAUUACAUAUCAUUUUUGAAAACUCUUUCCCUGAAACUCAAUAAUCAUACUGUACAUUUCUUUUAUAAUGAGCACACUAAUGACUUUGCUUUGUACACUGAAGCUAUUAAAUUUUUUAACCACCCCGAAAGCAUGGUCAGGAUUGCUGUUAGGACUAUAACUUUAAAUGUCUACAAAGUGGACAACCAGCCUAUGCUGCAUUACAUUCGAGAUAAAACUGCAGUUCCUUAUUUCUCCAACCUUGUCUGGUUUAUUGGCAGCCACGUGAUAGAACUGGAUAACUGUGUGCAGACUGAUGAAGAGCACAGAAAUAGGGGAAAACUGAGUGACCUGGUAGCAGAACAUCUUGAUCAUUUGCAUUACCUUAAUGAUAUCCUUAUCAUUAAUUGUGAAUUUUUAAAUGAUGUGCUGACAGACCACCUACUUAAUAGGCUCUUUCUUCCCCUCUACGUGUACUCAUUAGUAAAUCAAGACAAGGGUGGAGAGCGUCCAAAAAUAAGUCUCCAGGUUUCUCUCUAUCUUCUUUCUCAAGUUUUUCUGAUUAUACAUUAUGCUCCAUUGGUGAACUCCUUGGCUGAGGUUAUUCUCAAUGGGGACCUCUCAGUGUUUUCUUCUAAGGUUGAGCAAGAUAUACAGAAAAACUCAGCAAAGUCAAGUAUCAGAUGUUUCAUAAAACCCACAGAAACACUUGAGAGGUCUCUUGAAAUUAACAAACAGAAAGGGAAGAAAAGGAUGCAGAAAAGACCCAACUAUAAAAAUGUUGGUGAAGAAGAGGAAGAGGAGAGAGGAUCUGAAGAUAACCAAGAUGACCUUGAUAAAAGUAAAAGUACAGAAGCAAGUUCAAAGGGCGUAAGAACAAGCACUGAAAAUGAAGAAAUAGAGAUGGUAAUCAUGGAGAGAUGUAAGCUGUCAGAGCUCUCUAUCUCUGCUGUGACAGAACAGAAUACAACAGAUGAAGAAAAGAGUGCAGCUGCUUCUGGAAGUGAGAUAACAAACUGGAACAGGCCUUUUCUUGAUAUGGUCUAUAAUGCACUGGACUGUCCUGAAGAUGAUUACUAUGCCCUCUUUGUGCUUUGUCUUUUAUAUGCCAUGUCACACAACAAAGGACUUGACUCAGUCAAGCUGGAGAGAAUUCAGCUUCCAGCUCAACAUGCUGAAGAGAGAAAUUCGUAUAAUCAUGUCCUUGCAGAAAGGCUCAUCAGGAUAAUGAAUUAUGCUGCACAACCAGAUGGAAAAAUUCGUUUAGCAACUUUAGAACUUGGCUGCCUGUUGCUGAAGCAGCUUGUGUUUUCUAAAAACGGCAGGAUCAUAAAAAGUGUUCACCUUGAUUGUCUUGAGGGUGCAAGGGAGGAAAGUGUUCAUCUCCUUCGUCGUUUCUAUAAGGGAGAAGAAAUCUUUCUGGAUAUGUUUGAAGAUGAAUACCGGAGUAUGACAAUGAAACCUAUGAAUGUAGAAUACCUGAUGAUGGAUGCCUCAAUCUUGCUACCCCCAACGGGGACACCACUGACUGGGAUUGAUUUUGUGAAAAGAUUGCCUUGUGGAGAUGUGGAAAGAACACGAAGAGCAAUCAGAGUUUUCUUUAUGCUCCGUUCACUGUCACUGCACUUGAAAGGUGAGCUGGAAACUCAGUUACCGCUCACCAGGGAGGGAGAUCUGAUAAAGGCAGAUGAUGUUCUGGAUUUGAAUAACAGUGAUCUGAUUGCUUGUACAGUCAUAACAAAGGAUGGGGGUCAAGUUCAAAGAUUCCUGGCGGUGGAUAUUUACCAGAUGAGUUUGGUUGAACCAGAUAUUGCCAGACUUGGAUGGGGAGUAGUCAAAUUUGCAGGCCUUCUGCAGGAUAUGCAGGUGACCGGAGUAGAGGAUGACAGCAGAGCCCUGAACAUAAUAAUUCACAAGCCUGCCUCAAGCCCUCAUUCGAAGCCCUUCCCGAUCCUCCAGGCCACGUUUAUUUUUGCGGAUCACAUUCGCUGCAUCAUCGCCAAGCAGCGCCUGGCCAAAGGGCGGAUCCAGGCUCGGCGCACCAAAAUGCAGAGAAUAGCAGCUCUCCUGGAUCUUCCUGUUCAGCCUUCAACUGAAGUUAUGGGUUUUGGACACAGCUCUGGAGCUGCAGCCCAGCACCUCCCAUUUAGAUUCUAUGACCAGUCCCGGCGUGGGAGCAGUGACCCAACAGUGCAGCGCUCUGUCUUUGCAUCUGUUGACAAAGUCCCAGGCUUUGCUGUAGCCCAGUGCAUAAAUCAGCACAAUCCAUCCCCACUCUCGUCACCAUCCCCUUCCAGUGGCAGUGGCAGUACAGGACGCUGUGAUUCAGUGACUGCAAGCUCUACAUCCACUCCUUCUGCUGCUCAGAGCCCAGCAGAUGAUGCUUCAGCUCCAGAGCAGCCUCUGAUGGCCAGUUCCAGUCAGACAAUGUUGACUGAUGAAACUCUUUCAGCUGUUUCAAAGUCCAGCAAAAAUGCUGUAAAAACCAGUGACAUAGAUACAGCCAACCUGUCUCCCAGCCUGAUUCCUGCACAGCAGCCCACAAUAUCCUUAAUCACAGAUGACAACACGGACACGCUGAGCGUGGAGUCGCUCACACUGGUGCCACCAGUUGAUCCGCACAGCAUUCGAACAUUCAGCUGCAUCCCUCAGGCCUCUUUGCGGUCUGAAGUUGAAGCUGACAAGGUGAAAGAGGUAGAGGAAGAAUGUUCCGACUAAAGCCACCAUGCAGCCUCCAAUAAAUAGUGAAGGAAGCGCAACCAAAUCGUGAUUUGCUUUUUCUCUGGGAGUGCAGAUACUUCUGGAGGCUUGAGAGGCCUCAGGUCCCCACGAAGGGACCAACUGGUGACGGAGAAUGUCAGCAGCUUUUAGACCCAACAUCGGAUACUCAGCAUAUCUGAACUGGAGAAGAGAGAAAAAACUCAACCUUUUGAACCUGAACUGGUUCUUUCCUACCAGUUAAUGUCAUACAAGAACAUGAACGUGUUUCAGAGACCCUACUGUCUUUCUAAUAGGAACUAAUUAAUUAAAAGGUCUACAGUAUAAUGGCAAAGUGAAGAGAUUUUUGGAUACCCAGCUUCAUGGUACUGCAUUAUUACGUCUCUGAAACAAAAGACGUACCAUUGACCAGAAAAAAUUAUAUAUUGUAGGACAGAGGUAAAACUUCCAUUUGAGUCAGGGUAUGUUUUUUCAGUUUGGUGUUUGGUUUGGGGUUUUUUUUGUGGAGGAGGGUUUGGGGGUUUUGUUUGGUUUUUUUGGUUGGUUUUGGUUUUUAAUCCUGAUCUUGUUCAUCUUUUGGAGGUCUGCACAAUACCAGCAGGCUUGGCCACAUUCAAUAUUGACUUUGUAGGACUCCAGACUUAAAUAUUAUGUUUUCCAUAUGAAAUAUUUAUUUCAAGGUUUGAUUCAAAGUUAAAAUACAAUGCUUGUUCAGAUUAAGGGAUUUUUUGAGACUGCUUUAGUCUUUGCUUAGUCACCUAGAGAGGAAUGUAAAAUAUUUUAAAAUAUUACUAUAGCUUGUUUGUUCACUUCUGACAGUCAAAUUGCUACACAUCUGAGGAAUGGUGAUAUCCCUGCAACUGAGACAACUUCAAGAAGCAGACAGAAGCAGUUUUACUCUAAAGAGGUUUUUCAGAUUUUUCAUAUUCAUGUAGGAAGAAGGUCACCAUAUCCAACUGCUAAUUCCUUUACAAGUCUGAUCUCAAAAGGUAUUAUGUAAUUUUUUCUCCCUUUCAGGGAUAGUAUCCCAGUUAAAUAGCAUUGCUGCAUAAAAGUUCUGAGUUAACAUUACUUCCUAGAUCCUGACACCAAAUUGACAGAAAAGAUGUUGAUUAAAGUUUGGAAUGUUCCCUGCUGAUUUGAUACAUAAUUAACAUGAAAGGAAUUUAAGAUUUUUCAUCAAUUUCCAAGUAAGUGAAUUUAAAUGAAUAGCAGAAUGAGUAGAUUGUUGUUGCUGGUCUCUUCAUAACACUGUUGGCAAUUCCUCAAAGGAGGACUGCUGUUUACUUGGAAUUGAUUUCAGUCACCACUGCAAUCUAUUUCCUUAUUCAGUCUCCACUGGCAUUGAGUUCUUACCAAAUAGUUGAAUUUGCAAAGUUUUUACCCACUUCCCAGCUGUUUAUUUUACCUCUUCCUGGCUGUCGUAGGGAAUACUUGAAGUGAUUUUUCAGUGUUUUAUAUUUUAUAUAUAUAUAUAUGAAAUCGACUAAUUCACAGGUACCACUUUUCUCACUUUUUGUCUUCAUAUAAUAAUUGGAUCUUUUCCAACUGGGUAUAUGGGGUGUCUGCUACUGAAUGCCAGUAAUUUUUUUCCCCCCUUAUUAACUUUUUCGUGCAGUUUUGAUUUCUAAUUUUCUGUGACUUUUACUUUCUCUCCAGUUGAAUUAACUGAUACUCUGACCAUUCCAGAGUGGCACAAAUUCUAAAUGAACUGCAAGUUAGGUGUCCUCAGCACUGCAGUAGAUUUUGUGUGAAAAUCUGGUAUUACUGAAAUAAAAGCCUACUUUUUGGGUCUUUUUGUCUCAUGCUUAAGAUGAAUUUGCACUGAUGCAGUCACUGUUGCAGUUAAUGUGCAUGUACCUGAACAAGCCUAGACAUCAGUAGCAAUCUGGGCACAAAGACCACAUGAUUUUUUAUUAGCUGAACUGAUUGCAGUCUAGACUUUCUCUAAAAUGUUGCAGCAUUACACUGUAGUUUCAGUAAUAUUCUGAAGACCAUUAUAAAAAAUAACUCAAUUUGAAAGCAUUUUAUGUUAGUUACUAACCUUAAAUUCUUGACCUAGAUUACACAAAAUACCACUGUGCAGGCUGAGUUCCUUUAAAUAAAACCCAUUUUAGACUGGAAAACCUUGAUCUUUAUUUAUCUCGUUUCAAAUUCAGUUCUAGCAAGAUUAGACCCAUGCACAAGGAGUCUCUUCAAUGCAUAUGCAUAAUCUCACCCCUGAGCUGCACUGCACAAGAAAUGGGGCAAAGGGAAAGAAGGGUGGCUUUGUGCUUUUUCAUUACUUUUGAGUGGCUUUUAAAUUUCAUGAUCGCUUGUCUGGUGAGUGCUUCACAGGAAAUGACUGAGAUAGGUACUAUUAUUAGGGAAAUAAAAGAAUAGGUCUGCUGUUCGUUUGCCUGAGCCUCCUCUGGGGGAAAAACCUCUUUCUGAGAUCCAGUUUAAACCUGCCCUGACUCAGCUCCAGCCAUUUCCUAAUUAAGCAGUAAGAUGUGAGUGACUGUAAUUUCCACACUUACUGCAAGUGUCUUGGGGUGGUUUCUUCAAGCAGUCCAGAAAUUGCCCUGGAAUUGUGUCAUUUCACUAGCAGUAAAAUAAACUUUAUGCUUGAAGACCUAGGUGAGCUAUCAGACAAACAGGUCAAACUGUGUAAGGAUGAAGCCACUUCCUAAGAGUAAACACUUCACUCACGUGGUGCUGUCACUCUGGUGUAAUCUGUCCACUGCAGGGGACACGGAGCUCCAGAAUAGCCUCAGGACCAGUGGCACUGACUACCAGGGAGCAGUAGUCAGAAACGCCCCCCCAAGCUAAACAUUCUCUUCUUGUCUUCAUUUACCAGCUAAAGUUAAACUUACUUUUAAAAGAGCAUUGCCCAGGCAAGCAGCUGCUGUCUGGGAGAAUAAAUGGUUUCAGUCUUGUAGUUGAAUCGGAGCUCUGCAGAGACAUUAGCUGGGGGCAGAGAGAUCAAGGCCUUUUGCCUCCAAGGUAGUUAGUCUCCUUCUUUCAGACAGCCUAAUGUAGCCAUCUAAAUACAUGUUGAAAAUUUUCUUCUUAACUGCUACUGUCCUUCUUGAAAGAGUUUUUUGGUGUGUCCCUGCUUCACCACCACUGCCCCUACCCUAGGAUGUCACUCACCUGGGCACUGCUCUUCUAUUAUCUCGCAAUCUUUGGAGAAAUUCUCCUGUGCUUGCCUGCUGUAUUUCUCUUGACCUUUCCCAACAUUUGAAGCAUGAAUUAGAAAAAUAGAAU